CGGAAGAGACAGAUAAGCGGAUAUUUGGAAAUAGACAAUUUUUACCAAAAAUAGCCUUUUUGCUUUGAGGUUAUUUUCGCUUCAGGAUUUUCAACAUGGCUGUCUCUUGAAAGAGAUCUCUGAAGAUGUAGGGAAGAAAUGGUGGAAGGGGAGAUAAACCUGGACCCAAACAUGGCAGCGUUAGCUAUCUUGACUUGUCGACCAAAUUCACAUCCAUUCCAGGAGCGUCACAUAACUCUAGGGGAACCUGUCAAAGUGGGUCGCUCAGUUGCUCGAGCUAGACCUGCAGCUAGCAAUGGAAUAUUUGAUUGUAAAGUUCUGUCAAGAAAUCAUGCCCUGUUGUGGUAUGAAAAUGGUCAAUUUUACCUACAAGAUACUAAAAGUAGUAAUGGAACUUUUGUUAAUAACCAGAGAUUAUGUAAAGGUGGAGAGGAAAGUCCUCCCAGGGAUAUUUUCUCUGGAGAUCUUAUCCAGUUUGGAGUGGAUGUUAUGGAAAACAACCGUAGAGGAGACAAAAUUACUCAUGGAUGUAUAAUAUCAACUAUAACAUUAUACCACCCUGAUGGACGAGAAGCUAAACCAACUCCAUUCCUGAAUGCCCCUAACCCACCUGGUAUCACCAUACAGUCUCAAGAUUUAUAUCAAUUGGCUCAAUAUUUACAGGAAGCCUUACACAGAGAGAAAAUGUUAGAACAGAAGUUAGUAACAUUACAGCAGUUGGUUCAGAAUACACAGGAAGCAUCAGAGAGUGGUUGGCAGGCUUUAAUAGAUGAAGAUAAACUACUGUCACGCUUAGAAGUUUUAGAAAAUCAAUUACAUAUAUAUUCAAAGAACCAUAGUGAGGAUACAUUACGUCAAGAAUGUGUUACGCUACAAGAAGAAAAAUUACAGUAUGAAACAACUGCUAAGGAAUCAUUAAGAAGAGUUUUACAAGAAAAACUUGAGGCUGUAACUAAAUUGUCUGAGCUGGAGAGGUCACUGGGUGGUUCUGAAGAUGAGUGUAGUCACCUUAAAGAGAUGUGUGAACAUGCUCAACAUGAAUUACAGCUACUAGCCGAGAAAUACCAGGAUAAAUUAAAAACAGAGAAAGAAUUAAAAGAUGAACUUCAGGAAGCAGAGCAGAAACAUGCUGAGGAAAUGGACCGUGUUGAACAAGAGAAACAGGAAUUAUCAGAAAAAAUAGAACAAAUGACACAACAGGAACAGUCUCUUUCAGCUCAGAUUGAAUCCCUACGAGCAGAUAACGAUUUCUCUAAAGAACAAUUAGCUGCAAUGAAAGCUAAAUUAGAAUCAAUUAAAGAACUCAAUGAUGAUGAUAAAAUCUCAUUAAAUGAUUCAGAAGUUUCAAAUCCUGAUAUUAUACCUUUAACAUUAAGUCCUAAAGAAAUAGAACCUGUGUCAUUAGAAGAAAAAUUGAAAGAAACGCAACAACAAAUAGAAAAGUAUAAAGCUCAAAUUACCGAAUCAGACGUGAAAUUAAAUGAAAGCAGUGACAAAAUAGAACAGUUACAAAGAGAACUAGAACAGGCCCAAAUAGAUUCAAAGCAAUAUAUAACUAAAAUAGCCACUCUAGAAGAAAAAUUUCAACUGUCUGAUUUGCAUUUGAACCAAAUGAUGGAAAAUGCCUUAGCUGAUAUGAAACUGCAAUUGAAGGAAUCUCGUAAACAGUGUGAUAGCAGUAAUGAACUCAUUUUAUCUUUACAAGAACAAAUAGCAAAUCUAGAGAGUGAAAUAAGUCUAUAUAAAAUACCUCAACAAGAAGAUAAAACUGUAGUUACAUUAGUUGGUACCCAAUCACCUGUAAAUAGUCUUCAUUCUUCAUCUAAUACCUCAAUUUCUUCCACCACCUCUGAUCUUUCUGAAGAUGAAAGCUGGAAAGAAUUACUAGAAGAGGCAAGACAAGCUCAGAAAAAAGCUGAAAUUGAAUUACAGAAGAAUAGAGGUGAAUUAACCAUGAGUCAGUUACAAGUCACGAAGACAACUGAAGAAAUGAAACUGUUGCAGACACAAUUAACAGAAGCAAACAAAAUAGCAGAUGAAAAAACAGAGCAAGUGGCUAAUUUACAGGACCAAGUACAUAAAGCUGAAGCAGCAACAAAAGAGGUUAAACAACAAAUACUUGAUUUAAGAGAUAGCAUGCUGGAAGAACAGGAACAAUUACGUAAGAAUCAGAAUAUGGCAGAUUCAUUUAAAAGGCAACUUGAUACAGAGAAAUCAAAGCAUAAAAUCUGUCAGACAGAAUUGGAAGAUAGUAAACGCAAACUUCAAGAAGCCCAGCAAAGUGCUAAACAGAGUCAUAAUGAAGCUGAACAAUUUAAAAACAAAAUAAGGCAUCUUCAACAUGAGUUAGACUCUGAACGUAAAGACAGACGUGAUGCUCAUAUCACGCGACACGCUAAUGUGGAGAGUUACACUGGUCGACAGAGUCCCCGUAAUAAAGAAUUUAUAGCAUUAAAAGAAGAAUGUUCCAACCUUAGAAAACGAAUCCAAGCAAUAGAAGCCGAGAUGAAAAUGUCUCGAAGAGAGAAUCUUCAGCUUUCUUCAGAAUAUAACAAACUACAGGAAUCGUAUAAACAUUUGGAAGCCCUGAAGAAAAAGUUGGAGAACAACGAAAUGAUGUGGCAAGUCAACCUGACAGAUGCCCAAAAAGAUGCAGAAAUGACGAAAAACGAGGUGAGGGGACGGAGUUUAACAUCGAUGCGACCCGCGCAACAGUUAUCUCACUCAGCAGAAAAUAUAGCAGCAUUACAAGUACAGUGUAAAGAUUAUAGUGAAAAGAUAUCAAAACUAAAUACUGAUUUAACUGAUAUGUCCACAGAUUAUGCUGUACUAGCAGAGAAGAGCAAAAUGGUUUCGUUAAUAUCAAGUAUACCAUUACUUCUGUUGUUGUUUGGCUUCCUGAUGGCCUUGUACCCAACCUUGUCAGAAAUAACUAACACCAGCUCCUAGCCUAUAGCCUUCAUGUGGAUAUUGUAACAUAUAGACCACUGUGGCAGCCUUCGAACGCCAUAUAUCUUAACUUAUUGAAAAAUAGGACAAAUAAUAGAAAACCCAACAGGGUUGUACACAAUUUAUUUACAAUUCAUUUUCUUUAAUAAAUAUUUUAUCACUUAUUAAAAGAUUGUUUUUAACUCUGAUUAUCCACUAUAAUGUACUUAUCCGGACGUAAUUCUAAAUUUGAGGGAAGAAAGUAAAAUAUCACUAAGUAAUUAUUAUCUUAGAGAAAUCUGUUUUUAACUCAUGUUAUCUAUAAAAAUGUACUUAUAAUCCUGAUAUAACUCUUGAUUUCAUGGAAGACGGUAAAUUCCAGUGAUAUUCUGGAUUCUGGACUAAGCAGCUCAAUACAUGUAUUUUCAUUAUUUGUCCUGUUUGUCUCAAGUAGAUGUAUGGUGUAUCAAUUUAUAACCUCAAUGUACAGAAUGAAACAUGUACAAUCUGUAUAUAUAUAUAUUAGUGUAAUGUCGUACAUGUUGAUAAAGUAAAUAGGACCAUGUAUCUUAAUCACAACAUUAACUGUACAAUAAACACAACAUUAUUACUAAUUUUGUUGAAAAUUAUUUAUGAUUAUUUAUUAUGUUUUAAUAAUGAAAUUUUGCAAGUUCAAGUCUGAAAAAAAUGUAUGUAGAAGCCUUAUGUCGAUGAAAUCAAAUUUAAUUUCUUGUAUUACUAUUACCAUAUAUAAAUUUUGUAAGCAUAUUCCUAUUAAAAACAAGAUAGAGCAUUUAAAUUAUGAGGUUAUGAUCUGUUUAUUAUGUACAUUUAAGAAAAAUUUAUGAAUAGAUUACUGAAAUGGGAGCAUAAUUUAAUUUAAAGGUCAUCGGAAAAGCUUCAUAAAUUUUUUAAAUAAUGAAAGCAAUUAUGUCAACUUGGAUUAUUUAAAAAAAAUUAUGAAGCUUUUCUGGUGACCUUUAACAUGAUUCAACAUUGGAACUCGUUUUGCUAUUAAAAUAAUCAUCAUAAUGAAAAUAGGGCUUGUUUAGCAUCAUGUUUUCAUUUACUUGCAUUUCAUACUUAAAAAAUACAAAAGUUUAUUCAUACGCAUGUUUUUGUUAACUAUUAAUAGUUUAUUGAAUAUGCAGUUGUAUGUAUAGAAUGUACAUAAGCUAAUCUAAGAAUAGGUAUAUACAUAUAUUAUAUUAAGAUAUAUGUACAUUUAGUAAAUGAAAUUUAAAUAUGGUAGAAAAUCUAUUACGAAGUUAUUAUUGUAAAUAUAUGUAUAUUAGUUUCACCAAACAUUUUGUAUUUAGAUAUGCCCACAUUUAAUGCAUUAUAUUUAUUGUUUCUUUUGUGCUAAAUCAUUUAUAAAUGUAUAAAAAAAUAAUCAAAUAAGUACCUUAUCUCUCAAUAAAAACAAAUGGUAUAAACUACCUUUUUUUUUAAAUUUCUAAUGAUGUAUUAUUUCAACAAACUUUUUCUUUAAAUUAAAUUUAAACAUUUUAGAAGUGCCAAAAUUGUUACUAGGAAACAAUAAAUUCCUUGACAGUUAUUAUAGGUGUAUCUAUAUAUAAAUCUGACAGGAAACAUGUCAAUAUGGGGUAUUUAUUAAAUACAGAUAGGUUUUUUUCUUAAUAACUUUGUCAGAUUGUUCAUUGGGUGUUAAUUACAAUUAGUAGAGUUCUUUGAAAAAACUACAGGAUAGUUUAUAAUUGAUCUUUAAGAAAUUGAAAUUCAGUUGUGCCAUUUAGAAAACAGUUAAUAAAUAGAAGUAUAGAAGACCAAAUCAUCAAUUAAAAUUAUCUUGAAUGCAAAAACAAAAGAAUGUUCUCCUUGCUAAAAACAUAUAUCACAUGUUAAAACAUUGAUCAUAAAUGAAAUAAUUUUGGUCAAAUAGUUCAGCCAACUCUUAAGCAUUGUGUUAAUUAGCUAAUAUUCACACAAGGUCAUCGGUGGGAAAAAACCAGAUGGACACAUUCUGAAGAUUUCAUUUUUUCCUCAUAUAUGGUUUAAACUGCUGUCUGUUUGCAUUCCUUUUUAGUUGUGCAUUAAUUCGUCUUCAUUUACCCCCCCCCCCCUUUCUUUAACAUAUUAUUUAUUUUAAUUUAUUGGCUAUGAAUUUUUUCUCCGAUAUGUUUCUGAUUUAUGCAUGGAAAUAUAAGUUCAAUCAUGGAGGAUGAAUUACAUAUAGCAUUAUAAACCAGCAUGAUAUGGUUGUUCAUCUCGGCUCUAAAUAAUAAAAUUUUUAAGUUUUUAGUUACGUUUACAUAAUAUACAUAAUCACAAUAUUUUGGUUUUCAUGUUUAAUAAAUUAAAAUUAAAAACUACAUUGAUCUACGCUGCUAAUUUUUAAUACCUCAUUAAUCAGUCGUAUAAUAAUAAUAUAAUUGAGAUGCGGAGAUGUAACAGAACAUGCUGUGUUUUUUUUACAAACACAAAUGUUUUAAAGCCUCAAAAAGGCUAUGUUGUAAUAAUAGUGUCAGAAAUUGGAAUAAUUGAGUAAUUUCAACAGUUUGAUAUAUUGGGAUUUGUCAUUGUUUACCUGAGAUACGGAAAAUGCUGUUGUGUUUAUUUCUUAAUAAUUCCUCUUAGUAAAGAAUAUUGAACUGUUGUGACAUCUCUUGAAAAAUAAAUCAAGGUAAAUUUUAAAAUGUGAUGCAGAAAUAAAUCAAUACAAUGGCUAAACCAUGGUUUCAAACUGUUUAAUUACUUAGAUGUGCUUUUCAAAUCUCUGAUACUUUAAAUGAGGAGGAAAAGGGUCAAAUUAUCAUUAGUUUCGUGAUGUUUUUCGCUGCUGAGUAUUUCAAUUGUAUUUCGUGUACCCAUCAUUUUCUGACCCCUCCCAUUGAUUUUCAUCAAAUUACAAAAUUUGUAUUUUUGGGGCUUUAAACACAAGGAGUAUUUUUUGUUGUGUUGCACUUUAUACUUUUUUUUAGUUUGACUUGUUUAUGUUUAAAGAUUUUCCUAUAAUCUUUAUUAUUUUUUUUUUUGUUUUCCUAUUAUAUAUGAUUCACUUUGUUUUGUUAUUGGCCAUUUUUUUUAAUAAAGUGCUAUCUCUAUAUAUGCAGUUUAUUUCGACUAAAAGGGAAAAAACAAAUUUAAUAUAGAAACAAAUUUGAAUUUUAUCUAUCCUAUGUAAAUUGAAAUGUAUCUUCAGUUUCGUUGAAAAUAAAUAACAAGAUGUAUACUAUAUACAUGUACACAAUUUUAAUUACGAUAAACAAGUUAUUUGUGUUCUAGUUGAUACCCUGAAAAUCCUGCUGAAGAAAGAAACCUACAGUCUAUUGAUCAUUGCACAAACUUUUUAAACGCCAAGCUGUUUGUGAUCUAAAACAGGACUGUCUGUGUAUCUGAUAUAUACGAUUUGAAUGAAUUUCUUUUUGAUCUGAAUUUAAUUCAAAAUUGUCAUUUUUCUGGGAUUUUUAACAUAGAUUGUAGAAACUAUAAUUUGUAAAACUAUAAUAUUUUUUUUUAUUAGUGACUGAACUACGAACAUGUUAUGUUGUUAUCUUGCAUUCAGGAAAGAUCUGAUUUGAAUGUCAUCUUAUUCAGUUAAUGUACUUGUAUUUGAUAAAAAAAACUCAACAAAUAUCUGUAAAAAUGUAAUCCUGUUUCUUCUUGUUGACUGGUGUUUACGUUUAUGUAACAACACCUAUUUAAAAAAGAAAUUUAUUUUUAUACUUUGCAUAUUGUUGGUAUUUGUUAAGGUUCAAUUAAGAGAAAUUUUAUCACAUGAUAAAAACUAAGAGAAAACAGAGGUUUCUUUAUUCAUAGUGUUUAUGUGCAGGACUCAAACAGUUAAAGUUAUCAUCUGAAUUAAAGCAUAUUUUUCAUAUAAUAAAAAUGUUAUCACUAAGAAAAACUAGAAGCCAAUCAAAUUUUUAUUUCUAAUAAUUACUUUAUGGGUUGCUACUCUUGAUCUGAUUUUAGUCUAUUAUAAAUACUCAAAUUACAUACAAAAGAAUAUAUAUGCAACAACAUAUUUUGUGGACUGCUCAGAUGAUUUAGCCGCUGUGAGCAUGUUUCAUUGCAACCUAUCUUUAUUUCAGCUAAAUGCAACAGUAAAUACAUUUUUGUAUUGUAAAAUAAGGAUGUAGAAUGACGUGUAAAUAAUAAAGUUGAAUAUCACCAACCUACUACUAACUAGAUCAAACAGCUCAUCACUUCCAUAAGGGAGGAGGAGCUGUGUGGUUUAUUUGUACCCCAUCUGUUUUGUAUCAUGUUGAGAUUGUAACUUAUGUAAUCUAAUAGUCUUAAAAUUAAAUAAUUUAAUAAAGACAUUUGUUUCAAACAAUA